AUGGAGCGAAAUUCACGAGAAGGAUCGCCCGCGAGCGGCGUCACUGCCAAAAGCCAAUCAACAGUCCCCAUCCCACAGAGAAUCGAAAGUAUGAUCGAUCCAGCAGUAUGGGGCAACUGGGCAAUCGACCUUACAAACGCUAGCCCACAGCAACUGGGUUCCUAUAUGGGUUUCCUACUUGAGACCUAUGAGAAGAGGAAUCUCACGGGCCUCGAGCUAUGGAACGAAGUUUCUCCCGAUUUCGCCGACUGGUCAGAAGAAGACUUCCAGAACGUACCUCCCCCAAUCCUACGAUUCUUCAGAGACCAUUUAAUCGGUAACGGCGUCUACGUCGAAAUGGAUGGCAAGAAAAUCUCGAAAAACGUGGCAUUAGCCCUCAAAAAGGAAGAAUUCCACUACUGGUCACCCCAAGAACUCGAACAAGGCCCAACAGCACAGGAGGAAGAGUCGAACCAACCCUACAGCCACCUCCUCCACAAGAACAACAACAGUGGCAACUACCGUACCGACCGCCACAUCCCACGGUCUCUCCGUUAA